UGAGCCAGAUGUGGUGGAGCCGCUUCCGAGCUCGCCACCCCACCGUAGCCUCAAGAAGACCGAAUUACAUCGAAACAGAGAGGAUUCACGGGGCUACGGUGGCACGGGUGGACGAGCUCUUCCACAUCUGCCAGGCCCUGUACGAUCGGUUCGGAUUCCGCGGGACCCCUGAGCUCACAUCUACAGCUGCGAUGAGACCGGAUUCGGCGACAAGGGCUCCUCCAGAAAGCGUGUUCUCUGUGGGAAAGGCCAGAAGACCGUCUAUGCGCAGCAGGUGACAACCAGAGAACACGUCACGGUGCACUGCUGCGUAAACGCUGCUGGGGAGGCCAUACCACCAUUUGUCAUCUUCGCAAAGUGCCUCCCCAGCACAGCCUACGGUCUGGAGGGGCCCACCAAUGCGCUCUACGGUGUGUCAGAUACGGGGUACAUGGACAGUGAGCUGUUUUUGAAGUGGCUGGAGCACUUCGUGAAAUAUGCCCGGCAGGAGCGACCACUCCUCCUCUUCAUGGACCAACAUGACACUCAUGUUGGGACAAGAGUGGUCGACUUCUGUCGGGCGAACCAGAUCGAGGUGGCGUGCCUGCCAUCGCACGCCACCCAUGUGCUCCAGCCGCUGGAUGUGUCGGUGUACGGCCCUCUGAAGGCGGCAUUUUCAGAUCUGGCGAGACAUCUGGGGCUGGUGAGAGGCAACCUUAUCAUUGGGAAGAAGAACUUCACGCCGGUGCUGAAGGUCGCGUUGGAGCCUGUAACCCACACAACAUCCAGAGUGGGUUCAAGAACACAGGCCUGUUCCCGCUGGACAGGAAGGCAGUGGACGAGUCCAAGUUUUUUUCUUGUGUUGCAGCUCGUCAAAGGCCUUACCACCCGCCCAAGGGAUGAAUACAUCGACCAGGAGGACAGAGAUGAUGACUCGUCCACCUCCCAUCCCAGCACCGGCGAGGAUACCCCCACUGCCUCCACCAGCCACAUCAACACCGCUGCCGCCAAUGCCGUACCCGACCCCGUACCCCUGUCCACCACCGUAGUUUCCACCAGCGUUGUCGCCAACCAAGACAAUGAUGACGCCUCCACUGCUGCUGCCCCCAAAACGACCGCUGUGGCCACCACCACCGGACAGUGCCCGACCUGCCGCCGCUUCCCCAACCCCCUGGUAAGGGCCGGUGUCAUCCCGGUGGCAUUGGCCGAAAUUCUAAUGCCGCCACAAUUCGACCGGCCGUCCAGGGGGCGGGGAAGAAGGAUGCCUCUGCCAGCGAGAGUGAUCACCAGCGACACUCACGCUGCGCUACUAGCAGAGAAGCGGGCAGAGGAAGCCAGAAGAGAACAGGCCCGGCAGGAUCUGGCAAACCAGCGCGUCGUCCGGCAGCAGCAGGAGGCUGCACAGCGCACUGCAUCGGCGGCCGGGCGGGCUGUGAGGGAGGCCGCAAAAUGGCAGAAGGAGGCAGCACAGCAGGAAGCUCGGCAGCAGAGAGAGGCGCUACAGGCAUCGGCCCGGGCUGCCAGGGAGGCCCAGGAGGCAGACAGGGAGCUCCGGGAGGCAGUGAGGCUUGCCUUCUGCGGGCAGGGAGGGUAA